AUGCCAGUCGAGGAAGCCAUCGCAGAUCAGGAGAUCGUCACCGUCUCCGUUGAAGCUCGCAGAGAGGAGUCUCGUCAAUUCAAGAUUCACAAACACAUCUUUUGCAGUCAAUCCUCCCGAUUCCGUGACUUCUUCCAAGAUGAACUCGAAAUGAACUUCACGAUUUUGUGGGAUGUGGGUGUUGAAGAAUUUGUGACUUUUUCAAGGUGGCUGUAUACCAAGGAGCUGACUGUGGAGGAAGCUGGUGAAGAUAGCAGCGAAACUACAGCGGACUCCGACGACAGUAGAGACCAAGGGAGACGCUGCCUGCUGCACUCCAUCCUGUACCCAUCGAGGCGGGCCAUCCUCGGUCAAGAGCCCAACUCGCAACAACGACGAGUAUGUCUCGUUCAACGUCGAGGUCUUCAAGAUGGUGCACACCACCUUGCAAAGAUGACAGAUGCCAUUGUCGACGAGGCUCCACGCAAGGUUGCCUUGUUCUUGCACGCCAAAGCCACUGCCGAUGCGGGCGAGUAUGGAAACGAGUAUAUCAUCACGCUGAGCAUGAGUGAGGACGGGAAGUUGGGGCAGGGUCAGUAUGAUUUCAUCGACAGCCACACCAUGAUGCAGUGGACAGCCAAGCUGGGCAACUUUGGGCCGGAGAUGUGGGAGAAGACAUAA